UGCCGCGUGCAGAUGGCUGCGGCGGCGCCGCCGCUCGCCGCUCGCCCGCGGCCCUGAGGGGGGAGCCGGUGCCCCCGGCCCGGCCCGCCAUGGAGGUGUACAUCCCCUCCUUCCGCUACGAGGAGAGCGAGCUGGAGCGGGGCUACACGGUCUUUAAAAUAGAGGUGCUAAUGAGUGGAAGGAAACAUUUUGUGGAGAAGAGGUAUAGUGAAUUCCAUGCACUUCAUAAAAAGCUCAAGAAGUUCAUAAGAACUCCAGAGAUCCCUUCAAAGCAUGUGAGAAACUGGGUCCCCAAGGUUCUGGAGCAGCGACGGCAAGGCUUGGAGUUGUACUUGCAGACAGUCAUUUUAGAAAAUGAAGAGCUCCCUAAAAUAUUUCUUGAUUUCCUGAACAUUCGUCAUGUACCUACCUUGCCAAAAGCAGAAAGCUGUGGCUCUUUUGAUGAAACAGAAUCUGAAGAAUCAAGCAAACUGUCCCACCAGCCUGUGCUGCUGUUCCUAAGGGAUCCAUAUGUCUUGCCUAAAGCCAAAGAUGACUUUCCAAACGUAGUUAUAGAAGGCAUUCUACAUGGAAUAUUUUAUCCUCAUUUACUGCCCAGGUAGAAGUGCUGCAUGGCUAGAAGCAGCUGAAUCAAGUCUCUGAGUCAUGUUUAAUGGAAUUAGUAAGAAUGAAAUUCUGUGAUGUGAAAAUUACGCUCAGAAGCAAGAGGCACAACCUCAGCUUAAGUUCAAGCAUUAUACCUUUUUAAAUAAAAUCAAUGUCACUACAAUUGCUGCUUUUAAAAAAAAAAAAAAGAUAUGGAAACAACGGUAUUGAAGUUAUUUAUACCUUCUAUAUAUUGAUAUGCUGUAACUAUUUAACACUAAAAGCUCAAAGUCAUACACUGAAUUACACUAACUUUUGAAAAUAAUUGAAAGCUUUACUAAUUAUUUCUAUAAUUUCUAUCAUAAAUUACACUAAGCCUUUUUGCACCACAAUUUUCCCAGCACAUUACCCAUUGCUGGCAAUGGAUGGAUUAAAAGUGCUGGCACUGAAGAGAGGGAGUGUGUGAAAAAUUGCCCAGAAGAAAAAAAAAAUUAAAAAUUAAAGCAAGAAAAAA